AGGUCCUCUUUGUCACUUCCUUUUUCCUUGUGCGUUUGACUGUGUCAGGUCAGGCCCCCAUGAGAACCCCAGCCCCAACUACUAUCACCAUGAACAACAACAACAAGAGAAAUCGCUUCUACCCUAAAUCUGAUUUCUUUGACUCUUUACCUGAUGAUCUUCUCAUCUCUAUUCUCUCUAAACUUGCUUCUUCUGCUUCCUCACCUUCCCAUUUCAUCAACGCUCUCAUUACAUGCAAGAGAUUCAACCAUUUAGGCCGUCAUUCCCUUGUUUUGUCCAAAGCUUCUCAAAGAACUUUGGGAAUUAGUGCUAAAAACUGGUCGGAAUCCGCUCACCGGUUCCUCAAACAGUGCGUUGACGCCGGCAACGUUGAGGCUUGUUAUAUUCUCGGCAUGAUUCGAUUUUACUGUCUGCAAAACCGAGGGAGUGGAGCCUCUUUAAUGGCGAAAGCGGCGAUUAGCUCCCACGCGCCGGCGCUAUACUCACUCGCCGUCAUACAGUUCAACGGCAGCGGUGGCUCAAAGAACGAUAAGGAUUUAAGAGCGGGUGUGGCGCUUUGUGCCAGAGCUGCUUUUUUGGGUCAUAUCGACGCUUUAAGGGAGCUUGGACAUUGUCUUCAAGAUGGCUAUGGGGUUUGUCAGAACAUUAUGGAGGGCCGUCGGUUUUUAGUUCAAGCCAACGCAAGGGAACUCGCCGCGGUGUUGUCGUCGCCCUCGUCGGCGGCUUCACGUUCUUGGGUCACGUGCAAUCCACAAGCUAUCCACCGCACGGCGGUGGGAUCGUCUUCCGAGUGCCCGUUGUUGAGCGAUUUUGGAUGUAAUGUUCCGGCGCCUGAAGCCCAUCCGGCGAGUAGGUUUAUGGCGGAGUGGUUUGCCUUACGCGGUGGCGCCCCGGGGCCAGGGCUGAGGCUGUGUUCACACGUAGGGUGUGGGCGGCCGGAGACACGGAGGCACGAGUUUCGUCGGUGUUCGGUUUGUGGGAUUGUUAACUACUGCUCACGUGCUUGUCAGGCGCUUGAUUGGAAGCUGCAACAUAAAGCGGAAUGUGCACCGUUGGAGAUUUGGCCAGAAAAUGACGGCGACGACGGUGAAGUCGACGGCGAGGGUGGAAUUCUAAAUGAGAAUGAGGAUGAGGAUGUCGUUGGGGAAAGUUAAAUUAAACGGAGAUGAAGACGGAAUCUCCUUUACGGUUUUACGGAAUUUAAACUGCGAGUAACGGUUAUUGUAACGGAAGAGGAAAAGAGGGACUACCCAACAAAGCAAAGGCCCAUUCUCCUCCUAAAAGGCUCAAUCUCUAAUCCUAUCUCCCCUACCUUUUUUUUUCUUUCUUUUUUCUUUUUCAAACUUUUUGUUAAUACAAUUUUUGUAGAGUACAGUUCAAAGAUUGUCAACUUCCGAAUUUAGGUAAUUAAAGUUCUAAUUUUUUUUA